AUGAGUCGGCUCAUGAUGAAGCAGAUGUUAUUUGCUACCUGCUCUUUAUCGACCUUUGUCGCCUUGGCGACAUCGGCGGCCUGUUCCACAGCCAAAAUAGAUACCCACGUCCAUUAUCUGCCCGAUUUCUAUGCACAAGCUUUGAGAGAUGCGGGUCACAUUCCAGGCCCGGACGGCAUGCCAGGCAUUCCGGCGUGGGAUCCAGAAAUACACCUGCAGUUCAUGGCAGAACAGAAUAUCGAGAAGUCUUACCUAUCCAUCUCGAGUCCCGGGGUCUAUCUAUCAGUGCCGUCAAAGGUCGCGACAGCAAAUGCCACCAAAUUAGCCCGACAGGUCAACGAAUACGCGUCCCAGCUCAAAGCCAAAUACCCCCUCAAGUUUGGUUUCUUCGCAUCGCUUCCUCUCCCGGACGUAAAUGCGUCCUUGAAAGAAAUCGAAUACAUUUUUACCAAACUAGAACCGAGACCCGACGGGAUUGUCCUCAUGUCCAACUUUUAUGGAAUGUACCUUGGCGAUCCAGAUCUCGACCCAGUUUACAAUGCUCUCAAUGAACUCAAUGUUACCAUUUUCGAGCACCCUACUACGCCGUGUACCGAGUACAACCACGCCAAGUACAAAAUUGACGGAGAAGCACCGGGAAUCACGCAGAAGGAGUGGCAGGCUCUCAAUAGACCGGUAUCAGCUCGACAAGUAAGAGCUCCCACGCUGGAUUUUACCUUUGAUACAGCGCGAACGUUCGCCGAUUUAUUCUAUUCGAGAAUACCGAGUCGGUUCCCCCAGUUGAGGUGGAUCAUACCCCACGCUGGCGGUGGCCUUAUUCCCACGCUGGACAGGAUUGUUAAUUACACGCCCCCGGAAAUGGAACUUAAUCUGACAGAAGCCGGAAUGAGGGAGACACUUGUGAAGAGUUUCUAUUUUGACUUCGCCGGACCGUGGCCUGUGACGUGGGCGAUUCCCCCGCUACUGCGAUGGGUGACCUACGAAAAGCUGCUCUUUGGGACAGACACACCGUUCACUCCGUAUGCCUUGGGAGCGAGUGGAAGCGUCAAGUUUGACCAGGAUAUUGAGGAAGUGUUUGACGAACCUGCGAAAGCAGGAGCAGUACGCUCAGGUAAUGCUAGAAAACUGUUUGGAUAA